UAUCGAUUGCGAAAAAACUAGAAGAAGAUAACCUAACAUAACCUAACAUAACCUAACGUAACUAACCUGCUCAUUCGUAAACAUUCAUUUGAAGUACACAUGAAAUUGAUAUGAUUUGUUAAUGAAUUAUUUUACACUUUCCAUUUAAAAAUGGAUAUGAACAAACUCACAGUUUAUGUAGGUACAGUGCGGGGAUUUUUACUUUCUACAACUGACAAACCCAAUCACAUUAACAGUGCAAACCCUGGAACUGGAUCUCAAGUUACGGCUCUUGUUUUUGGAAGAAACCCCAGUGAAAUAGUCAUUGGUUAUGACAAUAGUAAUGUAACCAUUUACGACUCAAAAGAGAAUAAGAAAGUUCAAGAUUUAACUUGGUUGAAAGGAAAAGGGCCUGUCGUUGGACUAGAAUGUAUCGAUGACUAUCUUAUGGUUGUUAAGUCUGACGGGGUGGUUAAUAAAUGGAACGACCGAAAAAAUGUUACUUUUAAAAUUUCUUUUGAUGAAAAGGGUUCGCUUGAUACUGCAGUUCACAAUAAGUCACGAGAAAACAUCAUUGGAACUGGGGGAGAGCAUAAUGACUUCAAACUGUGGGAUUUAAAUACACAACAAUGUAUUUUUAAAGCUAAAUCGCUUGGGCAUGAUUACCUUGACCUUCCUAUUCCAACAUCAGUUCGAGGCAUUUCUUUUUUCAAUGAAAGCCCUCACCUGAGUGCCUGUUGCACUAAAGAAGGCCAUGUGUUAUUGUAUGAUGAUCGAGUUCAAAGAAGACCAGUUGUCAAGUUUUUAGAAAAGAAGGCUAGUUAUACUUGUAUAUCUUCCACACAUAGAGAAAGGCAGUGUUUAGUGGGAACAACAAGGGGAUAUAUGCAAUUACUAGAUAUGAAAGCAGGAAAAUGCCUGAAGACGUUUACCUCAUUCACUGGAAGUGUUACAAGUAUUGCAUGUGAUCCUGUAGAACCCUACGUUGCUACAACUAGUUUGGAUAGAUAUUUGAGGAUACAUAAUUUAGAUAAUAAGGAGUUGAUACACAAGGUGAGAUAUGGAAAUAUUUUUGACUNUGAUCAUUUUCCUGGUUGCUGGAUUGGCAAACCUAUUGUUAAAGAGGAACCUACGGAUAUAACAGAGAAAGUUGAUGAAGAGUUUGAAGAGAUUUUUGAACAGAUGGAAGUGGUCACUGAAGGUAAAACAAAAAAAAGAAAAACUAGCCAGAAGUUAGACGAAGAUGAUGAGAUUAUAUCAGUUCAACAGAAGAAGGUCCAUAAAAGUAGGAGUAAGGAAAACAAAGAAGAAAGAACAGAAGUUGCAAAAAAGAAAACAAAAAAGAAAAAAAUAGGUGGUGUUGACUCUUAAGAAUUACAUUUUUUUCUAUGUU